AUGCCCGACCCCGGCCUCACUAUGCUUGGCGUCUCCGCCGCGCUCUUCCAGGUGAUCGUCAUGGUCGCAGUGUGGCAAACCACGUCGCUCCGUCGCUCCACCGACAACCCCGAGGAGGACGCUCGGCGUGAGGAACAAGAACGCAGGGAGGGAGCAGCUCGGAGAAUUCGGGAUUUUGAGGAACGCGAGAGGAUGCAGGAGGCUGAGAGGAAGCGCGGGGAGCAGCGCAAGCAAGACGACACGAUGGUUCGUGAGCUCAUGAGAAAGACUGCUUCGUUGGGCAAUGCAGAGGAGGAGCAUGAUGAGAAGACUCCGCUCCGCGCACAGGAUGAGAAGGGUACUAUUUAA